CAAAACACUGGAACAGAAGAUGCUAGACUAAAAGAUUAUAUCACCUAACUACUGUAUCCAGGCAAAACUCUCGGGUGGUACCUCAGCAGUUGAAGCUAUAUAACCUUGAGAUUGUUUGAACUAUGUCUUUUUCCCUCUCUCCCUGUCUUAGCCUUAAAUACCCAAUCUUCCUUCUGUUUCUGCUCUUUUUCUAGACCCUAACUGGCAGAUGUCUGUCUUUCCAUUUAAUAGCUAGCCCUGCACAUGCACCAUCUCAUCGUCUUUUUAUUUCCCAUUUUUCCCUCCUUCGGAUCAUCAAGCUUAAACCUUAAACCAUAGGGAUUCAUUUUCAGCCCCUGCAAACCCUUCAGCCCAACAUACUGCUCAAAUGGCCACAAGGAUCACAGCAUCCAAGCCAGCAAGGCAACUUGGAGAACUCCUCCAAGAACAACAAGAACCUUUCGUCUUAGAAGUUUACCUUUCCGAAAGAAGGUGUGUGAGAAAGAACUUAAUUUCAGGGGCCAACUUCAUCGGCUGCCAUGGCAAUUCAGGUAAGUUUUUAAAGAAGUCUGGUAGUCAAAACAAGAGCAAGAAGGGUAUUCCAAACUUUCCAAAAGUACUUAAAGUUGUACCAUGUAGCAAGUUCUUUGCAAUCAAAGGCUCAAGAACCAAAAAUUCUGAUGAUGAUGGAAAGCUUAGUGUUACUGAGAUGGAUAGAAAUAACCAAGAAACGGCAGAGCCAGAUAGAUUUUCUUCCGCUAGCAGCACAACAGUGUAUAAUUCAUGCUCAGAUAGUGACAUAGAUGAACCAUCGAUGUUUACUGACAAUUCCAAAUCUAAUUUGAAACUCCACCGUGAAAGAGAAAAGAAGGCUGCUGCAGAUACGAAGUUUCAAUGGAGUUGCAUGGAAGACAGUAAACAGCACAGCCCUCAGUCAGUUUUAGAAGAAAUAUCAUCUACUUCAACAGGCUCCCCACUCGAUAAAACAAGGAGGGUUUCCACCACAAGGCAGAAAAGCUUCUUCUUGCCUAAGCUAAUAACGGAGGACUCGAUAUUGUCAGCUUCGCUCUGGAAUUUACUUCUUCAAACCACACCGGACAAAUCAAGCUGUGCAGGAUUAAGUGAAUUACAAGAGCCUGAUCGGUCUAACUCUUCACAAUUUUCGAUAUCCAAAAGGGUUUUGCAGCAAACAAAGCAGCUUCUCUUUGAUUGUGCGAGGGAGUUGGUAGAUAAGAACCAUGAGAAGGAACAGAAAGGGAAAAAGUUUUUAGGGCCUGAGGAGAUGGGAAAGGUUAUCUGUGAGAAAAUAAAGGGCUGGGGAAAACGGUGUGGAGAUGAAUCAAACAUAAUGCAAUUGUUGGAAUUAGAUGUAAUGGAUUCAAGCCAGGAAUGGAAUGGUUUUGAAUCCCAGAAAAAGGACAUGGUUCUAGUAAUUGGAAACGCCAUAGCAGAGGAGAUUACAACUGAAGUUGUAAUGGACAUGAUCAAUGUCCUAUAGCUUAGAUGUCCUUUGCUUGUUUCAAAUUCUAAUUACUUGUCUAAAUUUCAGUUACUGUUUCGCUCAAAAUAUUGAUAUCUGUCACUGUU